UCUCUCUCCGAAGUCCGAACUCAUCAGACGGAAAAAACAGAGCAAUGGGUUUGUGUCUCUUCCACUGGCCGGUCUUCUUUCUUGCUCUUUUUGUUGCUGCUUCUUCUCUAGCUUUCCAAUCCGAUGAGCUUCUCGUCGACGACGAUGAGUUCGGCCUCGAAGGAGGGGUGGUGCGGACUAAGUCCCCUGACGUCGCCCACGCCCGAUCCCAACCCACAACCUCUACCCGGAAGAGGUUUUCGGAUCUGGAUUCGGACUCCAAGAUCCAGUUCCAGCUCGAACACGCCUUUGGCGACUCCGAUUUCUCUCCCGCCGGUACCUUCACCGCUCGCUUGAAGAUUUCAAAUCACGGUGGCCAGACGCUAACAAAGCUGCGAUUUUCAAGGAAUGAAUUAACUGCGGAAGAGAAGGACAAGUUUUCUACACUACUUAAAGAAGACGAUUUUUAUAGGAUAAGGUUGCCUUCUAAUGUUUUGAACUCUCCUGAGAAGGAUUUUGUUAUUUCAUCAGUGAAAGCGAGGUGUCUUCCACGGGAUGGUCUGGAUGAGCAUAUUGCUAUUCACACGGAUGGCGUUAAUAUGUUGGCUGUCCAUUAUGGUUCUCCUGGGGCAUGCCCAUAUCCUCGUCAAUUUAAACUUCCUUCGAAGUGGUCUUUCAACUCUCACACAGUUUUGAAGAACAGCGAGCAAGCACCCAGGGCUCCAAUAUUUACUGAGGAGAGCCUUGGUGUUGGAGAGGGUGUAGAGGGUGAAGCAGUAAAGCCACCAGAAAAGUCUUUGUGGGCUAAAUACUGGAUGUACCUGAUCCCUCUCGGACUCAUUGUCAUGAAUGCCAUAACUCAAGCAAUGAAUUUGCCGGAGGAACAGGCAGCCGGCCAGGGCCAAGCUCAGCAGCCCACAGCAGUCCAGCGUGGUGGUCCACCGUCUGCUGUAAGGAGAAGAUAGUGAGUUUGCUUAUCUGAUAUCCAUCUAAGGGUAUUUGACUGUCGGUGACGAAAAAUGGAGGCUUCUAGGUUUGAGGUUUGAUUGUAUCAAUUAUUUCCAAUGGAAAGCCAGUAUGAAUUUUUGUAAAAAGUUUCAAGGGUUAAAUCACUAAUGUUUUUAUCAUGCCAAUAAUUAGACAAGGUCUUGAAAGUUUUCGUACUAACAUUUUUAACAUUGUUUAUGAGAUGCCAAUCGAAAGCUUUAAUUAUAUAGGCCAAUGGUUUCGC